GCCGUCCCUCCCAUUCGCUCUUGCCAUCCAUCCCCAUCCUUCCUUCCCUCCCUCCCUCCCCUGAGCUGGGCCGUGCUGUGAGGGUGGGGGGCAAGGCAAACCAUUCAAUCCAUCCCAGUCUCCUUCCCAUCCUCUGCUCAGGGCUCAGGCCGAGGUCCGUCUCCCCUGCCUCGCCUCCUACCAUGGCUGCCAGGUGGGCCCCGCCGGCCGGCCUCAUCCUGCUCCUGCUGCUGGCCGUCCUGCUGCCGGCGCGCGCGGACAGGCCGGCGAGGACCGGCCACGCGGACGACGACCCGGAGGCCUCCUCUGCCGUCUUCCAGCUCUACGGCAACGUCUACCCCCACGGGUUGUACUACGUGGCCAUGAGCAUUGGCAACCCGGCGAAACCAUACUUCCUUGACGUCGACACCGGCAGCGACCUCACCUGGCUGCAGUGCGACGCCCCCUGCGUCAGCUGCUCCAAGGUGCCACACCCGCUCUACAGACCAACAAAGAACAAGCUGGUACCGUGUGUUGAUCAGCUGUGCGCCUCUCUGCACGGCGGCCUCGGUAAAAACCUCAAGUGCGACUCACCGAAGCAGCAGUGCGACUAUGAAGUUAAGUAUGCCGACCAGGGUUCAUCCCUUGGCGUGCUCGUCAACGACAGUUUUGCAGUCCGCCUUGCGAAUGCCUCCAUUGUCCGCCCCAGUCUUGCAUUCGGGUGUGGGUAUGACCAGGAGGUCGGGAGCAGCACUGAGGUUGCACCCACUGAUGGUGUGCUUGGACUUGGGAGUGGAUCGAUCAGCCUGCUUUCACAGCUCAAGCAGCAUGGGAUCACCAAGAACGUGGUUGGCCAUUGCCUCAGCAUGAGAGGAGGGGGAUUCCUCUUCUUUGGGGAUAAUCUCGUGCCUUAUUCACGUGCAACAUGGGUACCAAUGGCUAGGAGUGCAUUCAGGCGAGCCCUAUUUUUGAUGGGUUUUUUUGCCACGCAAUAUAUUGUAGAAAGAACAAGUGCUCAUUGCCUGCUUGUAAUGAUGUUAAAAAAUAGGAAUUAUUACUCACCUGGCUCAGCAAGCCUGUAUUUUGGUGGCUGGUCACUUGGCGUGAAACCAAUGGAAGUAGUAUUGGACAGCGGAAGCUCGUUCACCUACUUUUCUUCACAGCCAUAUCAAGCACUUGUCACUGCACUUAAGGGUGAUCUAAGCAAGACGCUGAAAGAGGUGUCUGACCCCUCUCUGCCUCUAUGCUGGAAAGGAAAGAAACCAUUCAAAUCCGUGCUUGAUGUCAAGAAGGAGUUCAAAUCAUUGGUUCUGAACUUUGCCAAUGGCAAGAAGGCGCUCAUGGAGAUCCCUCCUGAGAACUACCUCAUCGUCACUAAAUACGGGAAUGCAUGUUUGGGCAUCCUUAACGGAUCAGAAAUUGGACUCAAGGAUCUGAACAUUGUUGGAGAUAUUACAAUGCAGGAUCAGAUGGUGAUAUAUGACAAUGAGAGAGGGCAGAUUGGAUGGAUCCGAGCACCCUGUGAUAGAAUCCCCAAUGAAAAUACCAUUCAUGGAUUUGAGGAAGGUUAUUGUUGGCCCCAGUUCCCCAGCAGCAUCUUUGGUAUUCAGAACGAAGAGUGUGCAGCUAACUACCGUUCGAACAAAGAGUGAAUAACAAGGGGAGGCCAUUGGACAAAAAUAAUCAUCCCAGGGAGGCUCUAUAUACGAAGUUAGGAACGUGUAUUCUUUAGAAAAGAGAAAAAUCUGGUAGCCUGUAAUCAUCGCCAUGUGCAUAUGAAAUAUAAUCGUUCCGUUCUUAUGAAUCAAGGGUGUUAAUGACUUACUGUGUUUACUUGAGAUGUUUUAUGGAGCAUAUGGCAGAUGAUGAAUGACUCUUGCAAAUUAACCUGCACUGCAUUGCAGGUAUUUCUGAAUUGGCUUUCGGAACUUGAUGAACUGAAACUUGAGCAACCAACUGAACCUACCCUUGUGCCCAAAUGUGAAACUUCAGUGUAACCAACUGAAGAACUGUGUUGCUGCCAUGACUUAUCACCUGAUGUUGGGUGGAGCCAAGGGAAGAUUGAUAUCAUGGUUUAGAUCUUGCAGUAGUCAUUCUUUAGUUGUAAGGAUGUCUGUAAGGUGAUGCUGUUAGUCCCAGGUAUGUAGGAAUGCCAGUCAGUUUAUUUCAGUAUAAUAUGUACAGUAGAGUUGUUCUUUGUGUAGUAGUCUUUGGCGAUGGCAGCCGUUGAACUGUGGUUUCCCCCAAAAACGCUUGGUUUAUACGUACUUUUUGAUA